CGCUGAGUUCCGCCUCGCAGGCAGCGCAUUUAAGUCCUGCAGCGCUUCCUCCAACUCCUGCCUGCAGACCCGCAGACGACUGCACGACCCUCCGCCGCCAUGUCCGACCGGGGAACCUUCGACACCAACGUGGUCACCAUGACCCGCUUCGUGAUGCAGGAGGGCAGGAAGGCGAAGGGCACCGGGGAGCUGACCACGCUGCUCAACUCGCUGGGCACGGCGGUGAAGGCCAUCUCCACCGCUGUGCGCAAAGCUGGGAUCGCCCAUCUCUAUGGCAUUGCAGGCAGCACCAAUGUGACGGGGGAUCAGGUGAAGAAGCUGGACAUCCUGUCCAACGACCUGGUCAUUAACAUGCUCAAGUCCUCCUUCACCUCCUGUGUGCUGGUGUCUGAGGAGAACGAGCAGGUUAUCGUUGUGGACCCAGAACAACGGGGAAAAUACAUUGUUUGCUUCGAUCCUCUGGAUGGCUCCUCCAACAUCGACUGUCUCGUCUCCAUUGGAACUAUAUUUGCUAUUUAUAAAAAGACCACAGACGAUGAGCCGAGUGAGAAGGACGCCCUGCAGCCCGGCAGGAACCUGGUGGCGGCGGGCUACGCGCUCUACGGCAGCGCCACCAUGAUCGUGCUCUCCACCGGCCAGGGGGUCAACUGCUUCAUGCUGGACCCAGCCAUAGGGGAAUUCAUCCUCGUUGAGCGAGACGUGAAGAUCAAGAAACGAGGAAAGAUCUACAGCCUGAAUGAAGGCUAUGCCAAGUACUUUGAGCCCGCUGUGACGGAGUACCUGCAGAGGAAGAAGUUCCCUCAGGACGGCAGUGAGCCGUACGGAGCGCGUUACAUCGGAUCCAUGGUGGCAGACGUCCACCGAACGCUGAUGUACGGUGGGAUCUUUUUAUACCCCGGCAAUCUGAAGAGCCCCAAGGGAAAGCUGCGGCUGCUGUAUGAGGGAAACCCCAUGGCUUUCAUCAUGGAGCAGGCGGGCGGCAUGGCCUCCACCGGCUUUGAGAACAUCCUGGACAUCCAGCCUGAUAGCAUCCAUCAGCGCGCUCCUGUGGCAAUGGGCUCGCCCGACGACGUCCUGGAGUACAUCGCCAUCUGCAAGAAGCACGCCACCAAGUGAAACGGGUCAUCCCUCCUCCAGCAGGAAAAAUAAAACCUCUGGUGCUUUUUAAGAGCGGCGAAGCAAAUGAAACGGUUUGGAUGCCAGCGUGUUUUAGGAUUGUUGUGACCAAAAGAUUAAGGAGAGAUUUUUCUAUGUGAAAACGGGUUCUAGUCAUAGAAAACCAACGAUGUUUGGGUUCAUUAGCCGACAAAUCCAGCAGGGUCGAUUUAGAAAAAUAUGCAAAGACCAACUUUGUGCCAAAAACAGACACAAAUAGAGUAAACCUAAUAUAAAGACAUUCCUCUUCAGUUUACAUAUAACCGUGCCUUAAUUAGCAAAAAUAUGCAUUAUAUAUGCAAAUGACCAAAUGUAAUGUAUGCACCAAAGCGUGAUGUUUUAUUUCCUGUGAAAUAACUACUGUUUGGAAAAAUGAUUUUAAAUAAACCAAAAUCUAUGAAGAUGUAA